AUGUCAAAGAUCUUCAUUGACAUUGAAGAUCUCCAUCCAAAGGUUGCAGGCGACCUCACAACAAGUCGCCUGGCAGAGCUAGAUAGCAUAACCCUGCCAAUUCAUUCUUCAUUUUACCUACUCCUUCCUCUGCGCGUGCCCGGUCACAACACGGGUGGCAAGCCCGACAAAAUCACCGGGACUUGCCACUACUGCGGCAAGGAAGGCCACUGGCAGUCCAAGUGCCGCAAGAAGGCCCGCGAGGAAGGAAGACCCGAAACCGCUGGCAGACGAACCAACAGCGGACAGCGCAACGCACGCGGCACCGACGGUGAUCAAGCGUCGUCCAACGCCGUCUUCAUGUUCUCGGCAAUCGAAGUCGCACCUAUCAUGGUGGACGACGAAGUCAACGAUUAUCUGCAAGCCGACUUAACCUGGGACUGGGAUGUUCGCCCGAUCCGACAAGUCUCGCUCCAUGGCGAGGUCCUCACGGUGACCUUUCACUUGGAAAUCGUAUGCCUCCGUCGCUUCAUCGACGACAAUGACCCGACCAGCGUCCCGUCACCGAGAUCUGUUCGACCAAGCCAAUGA